AUGAAGGGUAGUGGUGAUAGAGGCAGGAUAGCCAAAAAGACUGGCAACGAACUCGUAAUGAAUGUUGUCUCACAAGUACUCAUUUCACUGGAAGAACCAGCUAAUCUUGACAAAGAUGAUGCAAGUUUUUCUUCGUUUUUAAUUUUAAAAUCAUCUGAUAAUGAAUCUGAUGUCGAUUUACUCAAAAUUACUGGAACAAGAGAUAAAGCAAAUCUUUAUGUGAGAACAUUGAUACAAGUGAUGUAUACUAUGGAAGAGCUGGCUGCAUUACAACCAACUGAUACGUAUAGUGAUAAUCGAUAUAAGUUGAUACAAGAAGCUCUUCGUUCUAAGUUUAAACUUAGUGAUGAUCAAUUAGAACAAAUAUUUAAUGAAUGGCUUCGUGAAGUUUUUCUUGCAAAGAGGAGAGUGGCGGUGGCAAAAAUAAAACCCAUGAAGCACAAUGAAUAA